CUAUCAUAUUACUAGAUAAAAGCCACGUUUAUGAAUGUAAGAUUGUUACUAGGUGAAUCUGUACUAGGUACGAGUACAUGGAUCCGACCUAUUCUAGCUUCUCUGCCCCGCCAUGGAAUUAACAAAGUGGGAGCUCCGAUUCAGGAACGUGGGGUUACGGAUUUUCGACUUAAGUUUGAAAAUUAUUAUCCGUCAUCUCAUCUCUAAAGUAAGGGCAUAUUCGAUACAAGAACGCAGGCAAACGCCAUCAAACCAUUGAAGCACGAAUUUAUUAAUUGUGUAGGUCAAACAAACGCCGACCUACUCGAUUGGCCUAUCAAAAGUCGGAGAAUCUGCGCCUAUCUCCAAUAUUAAGCUGCUGCAUCUUGGAGACAUUCAGUGCGUUGUCGAGGAUAUUGUCAAGACCCAACCAUGGAUUUAGUCAACCACUUAGAAGGCCGAUUAUUGUUCGCCGUUCCUAAGAAGGGAAGACUUAACCAGGCUACUCUCAAUCUGUUAGAGGGCGCGGAUAUACAGUUCAGGCGAGAGAACAGACUUGACAUAGCUUUAGUCAAGAAUCUACCCAUCGCUCUGAUCUUUCUCCCAGCGGCCGAUAUACCUACAUUCGUGGGUGAAGGCCAAGUCGACCUAGGAAUCACAGGAUGGGACCAGGUGCAAGAGCAUGAUGCUGGAGUUAGGGCGCUCCACCGUGCACGGCGCUUUUCUGGAGAGAUUACCCCUGAAGAAGAGACCGAACGGAACUCCCGAGGCUCAGGAUGCGAAACCGUUAUGGAUCUAGGUUUUGGAGGUUGCAAGCUGCAGGUUCAGGUUCCCGAGAAAGGCGGUUAUAAUUCUCCCAAAGACCUUAUUGGAAAGAAUAUCGGCACAAGUUUCGUAAACUUGGCACAGAGGUAUUUCGCCAAUCUAGAAUUAGAAGAGGAUACGGCAAAGGAAACGACAAAUGAUACUCCGAGAGUCAAUUUCUCCAGCAAGUUACGGACUAAGAUCAUUGAACUAAGUGGAAGUGUCGAAGCUGCUUGCGCUCUCGGAGUGGCAGACGGGAUUGUCGACCUUGUUGAAUCUGGAGAAACUAUGAAAGCUGCGGGACUCAAACCAAUCGAUACCGUUAUCGAGACAACGGCAAUAUUGAUUAAGUCGCGAAAGCCUUCCAAUCCGGAAUUGGUCGAAUUGAUCGCUGCCCGAAUCCGCGGCGUCAUUACUGCCCAACGAUACGUGCUGUGCCAAUACAAUGUUGAGAGGUCUGGUCUCGUGGCAGCCACGAAGAUUGCGCCCGGAAAGCGAGCGCCAACAGUAACCUCUUUAGAAGAGGAAGGAUGGGUCGCUGUUAGCAUAAUGGUCGAGAAGAAGAAGAUCGCGCUGAUAAUGGACGAAUUAUCCAAAAUCGGAGCAACGGACAUCUUGGUAUUAGACAUUGCAAACACCAGGAGUUAGGUCGUUCAAGAUCGCACAUGAUAUAAGGGGGAUAGAAAGGUAACACACCUGGAAUGGAUCGGAUAGGAAAAUGGAACGCA